GUUUGCGAACAUCCGGGGAGGAAGCAUGAGACCGUCCCCACCCAAAUAAAACCAACUGAUUCCGAUAUCAAUGCCCGAGCGGAACCCGGUACCAUCGUGAUCCGACCGUACAAGCUUUGGAUGGAGCUAAGUAUAAGCAAUGCCAGCUCGCACAGCAUCGCUUGAACAGGGUGUGUCGUCGCCGUCGACCUCCCAUGACCAUCUCUCCGACAUACAUUGGGAUUUUGAGUUUCACGGUCGUCCCUUCCGUCGAGCGUUAUCAACGUCAGGCGACCCCGCCCCUCUCAUUCGGAUAGUCCGUCAUUUCUGCGUCCGCUGAAAUCCAUGGUUUGCGUCAUCCCAACUAUAGUUCCGCGCAGCACGCAUUUCGUGGCUGGAAAUAGGUAAAACGCCGGGCCACCUCCGAACAACUAUUGACCUCGGUCGUAGAGAAACUACGCCGCCAGGCUCGGUGCUUUGGGGUCCAUUCUUGGGCGAGCAUUCACAGCGUUGGUGCUGGACGAACAGUCGUCAGCGGUUGGACGGUCACCUGAAAUGAUGCAAGGCAUUUGGCAUCCACAGAUCCUUCGAUUCCAUGCCCCAGGACGAUCCCAAGACAGGUAUGCGUAGCCGCAACCUACUUGGUGAGUAUAGGCGAUUCCCAAGCGGACAGGACGGUUAUUCGAGUCGCGCCCAAAUUAAUUAACCAUUGCAAAGGUACGCGCCCAACCGGAAAGAAUCAGCGAGUUCAAAGUACGUGCCGGGGCCCGGUAGUAGAGAAGCG